AUGAGCUCCAAGAAGCAAGUCCUGAGCCUUUACCGGCAGUCGCUGAAGCUCGCCCUCGACUGGAGCGUCCACCGAUACCUUUGGCGCGGCCAGGCCGUCUAUCUCCGCGGUCUCUUCGAGGCGAACAGGAACGUCACAGAGCCGCGACAGCAGAGGGCGCUGAUCACCGAGACGGAGAACCUGCUCGAGAAGUGGAAGCACCCGGACCCGUACCGCCCACCCACGGCCCCAGGAGGCUCAAAGUACGAGCGCAACCUGCCCGUCCAUAUACUGGAUCCUCCUCCGAAAUGGAUGAAUCCGUAA